AUGAUAUCAUUGGCUCACGGAAUAGGACUGGGCUGGUUAUCACCCAUGCUGCCCAAAUUACAAUCGUCUACGGAUACCCCAAUUGAUUUCACUGUCAACGUCGACGAGUCAUCGUGGAUCGGAGCAUUAAUAAGCGUAGGCGGAGUGAUAGGAAAUAUUAGUUUUCUUUUAAUAUUCGAUCGUUGGGGACUUAACAAGAGGUCACUUUUCGCCAUUUGUUCGGGUGUUGUUUUAAUGCUGCUGAAUAUGUUUUGUGGUUCCUUUGCCCUGGUGAAUUACAUGUCCAGUAUAUUUGCCGCAAUUAAAAGUGAGCUACACCCCGAUAUCAAUACCAUAAUUGUCGGUGUGGUACAAGUUAUUGGGACAUAUACGGCAACGAUUCUAGUCGACCGAUAUGGACGCAAGGUGUUAAUGAUUGUAUCAACUUCUGGUAUGGGAAUUGGCCUGGCAGCAUUUGGAAUUUAUGCUUUCUUUGCUGAGGAAACUGACGUCGAUCUCUCUGUAUACAGUCAUUGGUUGCCAUUAUUAUUAAUGGGUUUUAUUAUAUUUAUAGCUAAUGUCGGAAUCCUAUCUGUAACAGUAGUUGUUCUGGUCGAAAUAUUACCAACAAAGAUCCGAUCAAUUGCAUCCUCAUUUUGUCUGGCCCUUCUAAGCUUGUUUGCAUUUAUAGUUCUGCGCAUAUUUCCACUUUCGAUGCACUACUUUGGUUUAUCAGCCACAAUGUGGUUUUGUGCCACCGUAUGUGCUUUUGGUUUAUUUUAUAUUUCUCUAUUCUUGGAGGAAACAAAAGGGAAAUCAAUGGAUGCGAAUUAG